AUGAUGGAUCGCGAUCGGAGGAGCAGGUAUGAGGACGGCGAGGUCACUAGGUAUGGCGCUGGCGAAUCCUGGAGACCCUUCCCUAGAGGAGAGAGAGGAGGAGACCGCUCCCCUCGACGAGCCCGGAGCCCCCUUCGAGACCGUGACAGAGAUCGGGACCGUGACCGCGACCGUGACCGCGAUCGUGACAGAGACAGAGAUCGAGACCGUGACCGAGACCGCGAUAGAGACAGAGAUAGGGACAGGGAUAGGGACCGUGACAGAGAUCGCGACAGAGAGCGUCCCCGCACUCCUCCUCCCUUGACCUCCGACAGCUACGUUCCUGGAAGAUCUCCGCGUCGCAGAUCUCGUAGCGGCGACCGGUACCGGCGUGACAGGUCGCGGGACAGAGACACACGUCCGCAAAGUGACACCUGGCGGAGGCGGGAUAGAACUCGAAGUCCUGUGAGACGGCCUUCGCCAAGACGUAGCCCGUCGAGGCGCCGCAGUCCCAUUGGACGAUCUCCCGCUAUUCGAGACGAACGUAGCGACCGCGCCAGAUCUCCCCGCCGUGACAACAGAGACAGGGACCGAGAUCGCGACAGGGAUAGGGAUAGAGAGAGAGAGAGGGAGAGGGAAAGGGACAUUGAUCGACGGGACGACAGGUACCGCUCGUUGCCCCCCUUUGCGCAGAGCCCAGUCUCAUCCGCCCCUCUUAGAAGACGGUCGCGCUCGCCAUACGGCGCUCGUGACAGGGCGCUCCGUGACAGAACUCCACCCAGGAGGUCACCGCCGCCGCCCGCCGCCCGAGGCAACUAUCGGCCCCGGUCUCGUAGUACGAGCCGUCGCGGUGGUGAGAGAUAUCUAGGAUCUUCCUACAGACGGGCGUCGCCGCCCCGAGAAUCUGGCAUCUCGUCGGCCAUUACGUCUCGAUCAGCUUCAGGCAAGUCGUCACCGCAUCCUCCUUCCUCCAUCCGAGCACGUUCGCGGCCGCAAUCGAGGGAGCGGGAGCAGCGGGAGCAGCGAGAGCGGGAACGAGAGCGAGAGCGGGAACCCACACCUCCCCUCCAGACGGGUGCUUCUGCAACGACGUCGUCGUCCGCGACGGCGCGAGAAGCACCAUCCUCGAACUCGAAGCCUGCCGUCGCCGUCGUCGCCGCCGCUGCUGCCACCCCCCAAGAGCCGGCGCUCGCGCCGGUGGCCAAGACGCCUCCUCGAGGCCCCGCCGCUUUACGUGCUCCUCCAACCGGCCCUGCCGCGACCCGAAACUUCUCUGCGCCCGCCGGCUCACCAGCUGUUCAGCCACCUAGACACCCGCAAACCCCGAGUGCGCCGCCCCCGCCUACGCGCGCAGACGCCACAAGCCCUACGAUCCCCCCCGCCGGCCCUCGAGGUUACGUAGCGCCGGCACGCGGCGGCGGAUACAGUGCCCGCGGUGGGCGAGGCGCCUGGCCGGCCGCGCCACCUCGUCAGACGCCAGUACCCACAACUUCUCCCUCUGCCAUCGGUAACGGGCCGUCAGCAAUCCCUACAGGUCCGCGUGCCAACCCCUCCAACGUCACUCCAGCAAUACCGUCGGCAACGCCCAAGUCUUUCAACCCCCCCACCGGCCCUUCGUCACAACACGGUGCGCAGGGUCAGCGCCCUACCCUCGCACAAAGCAUGCUCUCUACUCUCCCACCUAUUAUCCCUGGAGGCAAGAUCGAUCCGUUUCUGCUGCCGACGACCACCGGAAUCACACGUGAGAUCGAACCGCACUACAAGAAACUCAAGGCCGAAGAGGAAAAGGCGAGAGCCGAUCUGGAUGCUAAACAAGAUAAGCUCCGCCAGAGCCUGCAAGUGUGGGACAAACUUGAGAUGGAGUCCAAGGCAUGGAAGACAAGGGUUGAUCUCAGCGAGCAGAGCCUCAAGAGCUUGGCCGGCGAAGGCUUGGGGGGCGCUGCCUUUUAA